CCGUGUGCUCUGCUCUGCUCUGGUCCUUCAACCUCUGCGUUCUUCCUUCUUCCUUCUUCUUCUGUUCUUCACUCACUUUGUCCUCUGAAACCCAAAAACCCAAUGCCAGACGUAGACCUACCAUCGGCUGUGGACCCCACUCACCACCUUCCUCUCCAAUUCCUUCCAUCCGACCCAACUCCUCCCGCCCCGACCCGAUCCGAUCCACCCGGAUGCACCCUCGACUGGCUGCCGGACUUUCUAGACCUCUCAUGGGUCGCCUACGGAGCCUCCUCGCUCCUAGUGAUCUCCCACUUCCCCUCCCCACUCUCCGAUGCCGAAACUGUAAUAGGACCCAUUUUCCGUCAAAUCUUCGAGCUCUCCGGCGACCCCUCGUCGGCAGUCGAAGCCGUCUCUUGGUCCCCGUCCACGCCCUCGAUCGGUGAGCUAGCUGCCGCGGCUGAGAAUUGCGUUUGGGUGUUCUCGCAUGAUUCGGCCAGGUCCAAAGGUUCUUUUUGUUGGAGCCAGAAUGCAGUACUCGUACAUUCUACAAAGGUCGAGGCAAUGAGAUGGACUGGCUCAGGGGAUGGAAUUAUUGCCGGUGGAAUUGAUGUGGUUUUGUGGAAAAGAAAUGGCAGGUCUUGGGAAAUUGCUUGGAAGUUUAAAGCAGACAUGCCACAAAGUAUGGUCUCUGCAACUUGGUCUGUUGAAGGACCUUUUGCAACUGCAGCUUAUCAGACUGAAGGAUUGUUGACCAGUAAGGCUAGCAAAUGUGUGCUAGUAUGCCAAAGUGUUGGAAAAUCUGGUUUUUUGAAAUCCGAGCUACAUCAUCCUCAUCCUAUCUCAAUGAUUCAGUGGAGGCCAUUAACAGGAAGUUUAAAUAGAGAUGCAAAACAUCCACCGAGGCAAGUGUUACUCACAUGUAGCGCAGAUGGAACUGCAAGGUUAUGGUGCGAGGUUGAUGAUGGAAGGGGAAGAAAAGUUGGUAAGGACGUUAAUGACCACAAAACAAUGAGGUGUUCAUUUUCUGUAGCCGCUGUAAUUGAGAUAAAUCAGGCACUGAAUGGGAUUCUAGGCACUGAUAUAUAUCUGAUGUGGGCCACAGAAAUUGGGGGUGUACAUAAAACUAGUGAGGGAGCUAAACAAAUUUUCUUUGGAAAAGGUUAUGAGCAAGAUCAACCUGGUAACUGUGAGUGGUUAAUUGGGUCUGGCCCUGGAAUGUUGGUCAAUUUCUGGGCUAUACACUGUCUUGAUGAUGUCUCCCCAAUAAGAUUUCCGCGGGUCACCUUAUGGAAGACACAAAAACUACAAGGGCUAAAAGGGGGACUUUCUAAUUAUAAAGAUGGAAUACCUCUUAAUAAAGUUGUUAUCUCGAGGAACUGCUCGUCUGGUCCACCAACAUUAUGUUCUUUUGUUCAGUUAUUACCUUGUAAUUCCUUGGUUUGGUCACAAUUAUAUACUCAAACUUCAAAUAAUGCCGAGGAUAUAUCCCUUAAUAAAUCUGGUACUGAGAACAUCUUAGCAUGUUCAGCUGGUGGACUCUUGAAUUUGGAUGGUCAUGCUGGAAGAAUCUUACAAGUAGCUGUGCAUCCUUAUAGCUGCGAAGUUGAAUUGGCUGUCUCUCUAGAUUCUUGUGGACUACUUCUAUUUUGGUUUUUUUCUACCAUUUCCAACUGCAUUUUGGGCCGUCCAACACUAAUUCCAACAUGGGAGCUUUGUGGGAAACUUGAAACACAAGGAUCAUGUUCCAAAUAUACAAGCUUGAGGUGGGCACCGUCAAUAGUAAAUGAAGCAGUUGUUCUUCUUAUGGGACAUGCUGGAGGCGUUGAUUGCUUUGUUGUAAAAUUCCAUCAUAAUGAGGAAGAAAGUAUAGAAUGUCACUACUUAUGCACAAUACCUUUUACAGGUCAUGGUCCGUAUGAGAAUGGUCCCACUAGUAUCUUUUCAAUUCCUUUGCCUUCGACUUGUCAUAAAACCCUAAAAUCUAAUAAAUUUAUGCUUUUGGGUGUAUGGAUGAAUGGGUUUCAGGCUCUUUCUUGGGAAAUCAUCUUGCAUUCUUUUGAUUUAUCAAGAAGCUACUGUGAGUGUCAAUUUGAUGCUGGAAGUGCUCCUGAAGGCAGUAUGUGGCGAUUUGAAACUACUUUUGCCAAUGAAAGAUAUUGUCUUAAUGUAAAACCUUGCUCGUCAAAGAUACCAGAUCCUCACACGCAUGAUGAUGUUUCAAGUUUUGCUGUGGUCUGUCCGGGUAGAUUGAUCUGUGUAGAAAAAAGUUUGGCUUCUACUAUUGAUCGAUGCUGUCCUCCAUAUAUACUGGCUACAGGCUGCUCUGAUGGUAGCUUGAAAUUGUGGAGGAGUAACAUGGAUAAGCCAUCAACACCUCAAAUUUCAUGGGAACUUGUGGGUAUGUUAGUGGCACAUCAAGGACCCAUUAGCUCUAUAUGCUUAUCGGAUUGUGGUCGUAAGAUAGCAACCAUCUGCAAGGAGCUUCUUUCAAAUACUGUUAGCACUCUUCGUAUAUGGGACCCUGUACUCCUUGCAGAUGCAGGGACUUUUAUGUUAGAGGAUACAUUAUCCUUUGGUCAAGAUCCUGUUGCUUUAAAUUGGCUAUACUGUGGAAAUGGUCAGUUACUGCUUGGAGCCUGCACACAGAAUCAGUUGCAAGUAUAUUCUCAGCAGCGUUGUGGUGGUCAGACUUUAUUAAACUCUGGAAAAUUAUUGAAAAAGGACAUCUGGGUUUGCAUUGCGUCUACUCGUACUUUCCCUCCCAUUUAUGACUUCUUUUGGGGCCCCAGAGCAACGGCUAUAUUUGUUCACAAUAGUUACUUUUGUGUAAAUAGUCAGUGGCUGUUCCCUAUAAAUAAGAAACAUCUUGCUAAUGCCGAUCCAAAUUGCCCGGAUUAUUUGGGUAGAAUGGAAGAAGAUAUUGAUUCUACGGUGUUCAUUGAUUGUGGACUUGAUCAAUUCAAGAAAAUAUUACUUGGUGACAGUAGAAGAGAUUGCAAGUCCGGUAUACCAUUGGAGAUUGAUUUGAAAAAGGAUUAUCUGUCCAGCAGCUUGUUUUUAGCAAGGGCUCAACUGAAGUGUGGUUCGGCUACCAAGCUAGGUUUAUGGAACAUGGAUGAAGUGAUCGAGAAGUUAAAUGGAUCUCUGCCAGUUUAUCACCCAGAGGCCCUCUUUAUGAAUAUCUAUUCAGGAAAUUGGAAGCGUGCUUACACUGCUCUGAGGCAUCUUAAUGAGUUUCUUUCUUCUAAUUCUUCUCCUGAGAGGAAGUAUAGCCCUGCAAAAUAUAGCAUUUGUGUUCCACAAAUUCCUUUGUCAAGUUUUUUUGAUGCGCGUAUCUCAGUAUAUUCAAAUGACAGAGGAUUUCAAUGGAGCGGUGAUGCUUCUCUAGUUACUUCAUCUUCUCAGUUUCAAAGAAACUUGGACCAAUUUACAUACAGUUUGGACUCCUAUGCUUCCAGUAAUCAGUUGAAUUCAUCCUCAACAAAAACUGAACUUAGUGACUUUGUUGAGCCUCUUGAGAAUUUAUACAAGUCAGCGGCUAUAAGUGACAUGGAGAAGAUUCAAAUUCUUUCUAUUAUAGAUCUUCUUAUUGAAAUGACUAAUUCACACUCUGGUUCUGCAUAUGAAAGUCUUGAUGAACCUGGACGGAGGUUUUGGGUUGCAUUGAGGUUUCAGCAACUACAUUCUUUCAGACAGCAUGGUAGAUUGGCAUCUGUGGAGGAGUUGGUUGUUGACUCCAAGUUGAUUGGAUGGGCCUACCACUCUGAUUGCCAGGAAAACUUAUUUGGGUCUUUCCUACCUAAUGAUCCAUCUUGGCCAGAAAUGCGGAAUCUGGGUAUUGGAUUUUGGUUUACAAAUACAGCACAAUUGCGUUCAAGGAUGGAGAAACUGGCAAGAUUGCAGUAUCUAAAAAGGAAAGAUCCUAAAGAUUGUGCAUUACUAUACAUAGCACUGAAUAGAAUUCAAGUUUUGUCUAGCCUUUUCAAAAUUAGCAAGGAUGAGAAGGAUAAGCCCCUUGUUGGAUUUCUUUCACGUAAUUUUCAGGAGGAGAAAAAUAAGGCAGCUGCUUUGAAGAAUGCAUAUGUCUUAAUGGGGAGACACCAACUGGAAUUAGCUAUUGCUUUCUUUCUGCUUGGAGGUGAUACUUCUUCUGCUGUCAAUAUUUGUGCAAAGAACCUUGGCGAUGAACAGCUUGCGUUAGUGAUUUGUCGGCUUGUUGAGGGGCGUGGUGGACCACUAGAGAGACACUUAAUUACAAAGUUUAUGCUACCAUUUGCAAUUGAGAAGGACGAUUAUUGGUUAGCAAGCCUUUUGGAGUGGGAGCUGGGGAAUUACUCUCAAUCUUUAAUACGCAUGCUUGGUUUCCAAAUAAAUUCGGCAACUGAGAAGCAUGCACUCUCGUCCAAUGGUGUUGCUUUCUCAGACCCAAACGUUGGUCUGUAUUGUCUAAUGCUAGCAACCAAUAAUUGCAUGAGGAAUGCUGUUGGGGAGCGAAAUAUUGCAAUCCUUAGCAGGUGGGCAAUAUUGACGACAGCUACCGCGUUAAACAGAUGUGGGCUUCCUCUUGAAGCUUUGGAGUACCUUUCAUCUCUACCAACCAUUCGUGGGGAUACAGAUGAAAGGGGUAUGUCAGAUCUUGGGCAUUCUGAAAAUCUACAUGCAAUUCUAAAUCCUUCUUCAAUAAAUUCUUUCAAUUGGUUAUCAAGUUAUGUGGCUUUCGAUCUGGAGUUUCAAGGCAAAUUAGAUUUGACACUUCAAUACUUAUCAAAGUUGGUAAGAGAGCAUCCAAGCUGGGUAGAUAUUGCUUUUGGAUCUUCUGAAGCUAGUACAUGUGUAAAGGAAUACGAAAAUCAUGAAUAUUUAAAAGUUCGUGAAUCUUUCCAACAGAAGUUAUACAUGGCAGUUCAUCUGUUUGAGCAGAAGUUUUCAGUGGUUCCCUUCCAUCUUAUUAGCCUGAUUUUAAUAUUGCUGCAAGAUCAUGGGCUAUGGUUCGUUGGAUUUGAUAUAUUACAUGGAUACACUUCUCAACAUCAAGAGAUAGAUAAAACCCAAACAGUUGACAGAUUCUUAUCAUAUGCUCUUAUGCAUAAGCCACUUUUGAAGGCCACCAGAGAAACUUCCCUUUUGUUUUCACGCGUUAUUGCUGCCUGUGGUAUAACUUGCUCUAUACUGAAGUCACAUUAUAUUGAAAACAAUGUCUCUGGCGAUAGUAGAUCUAUGAGGUCAGAUUCGUUGGGGUAUUACUUUCAAGGUCUUACACUGUCAUUGCAGAGUUUAAGGGCUGCUUUGAGAUUUGCCUUUUUCUCCUCAACUGAAGAUCUCACCAUGAAACCCCUUGCAGUCAUUGAUUUGAUUGAGUAUUAUGUACAGCUUGCAUGUGCUUGGCAUCGUAAAAACUCAAAAGUUCUCUUACUAUUGGUGCAACCCCUUGUGAUCACAUUUACUAAUGGGCAUACACCUUAUGAAGUUGAUAUGAUGACUCUCAAGAAACUCCUUCCCCAGAUUCGAGAGGUUGUGGCUCAAAAUGUUUCUACUGAUAGUGUAGGUCUUCAGGUUUCUCAAGAUAGAAAUAUAACACAUUCAAUUCCAGAAGAUGAAAGAUGGCAAAUCAUAGGGGCUUGUUUAUGGCAACACAUAUCCAGACUCAUGAAACAUAAGUUGAAUUUGUUGUCCUAUAAACUUGAUGAUGGUUGUUUUUCUGGUAUACCCGAUAGAAAACAUUUUUCACGCUUACCUAGCUCUGCAAGUUUACAGUCUGAUAGCAAUAGUAUAAAUGAACUGAUAGAACUGGUGUCCUUGAGCUUGCUUAAGUUAUUGAAGCCCACACUUGCACAUGUUUCUUCUUAUUAUGUAAAACAGCUAGCAUCACUUCUGCAGCAUAAAAUGGAUUAUGGGUUGCAUGUAAGGACUCUUGUUUGGUUAGAAGAAUCUAACCAGUCUCAAACCAGAGCCCUCAAUCAGCAUCUAAAUCAAGAUAUUGUCAAAUUGGACACAAUAGAUGAAAGACAUGAAUCUGACAUGUUAUGGGUUACCUGUGCUGAUCCUAAAAUGAUAUCUGAAAGUUUUGCUGAGGAAAAAAUAAACUGGCCUCACUCUCUUGAUCGUAAACCCUCUAAAGGAUGGAGUAACAUAUGUAGAGGCAUUACAACUGUAGAUGAAACUGAGGAAAUUCCCAAUCAUGAAGUUUCACUUAACAGUAGUUCUGCCAGUACAGAAGCGGGAUCACCUGCUAAAAGUAUAUUUCGGGGUGGCCAUUCUUUCCUUGGUACCUGGCAGAAAGACACAACCCUUACAAAGGAGGUUACACAUUUUCUAAACCCAAAAGAGAUAUAUAAGAGAAACGGGGAGCUUUUGGAGGCAUUGUGUCUCAACUCCAUUGAUCAGGGACAAGCUGCACUUGCAAGCAACCGAAAGGGAAUAUUAUUUUUUAAUUGGAAAGAUGAUAUGUCUUUCGGAGAUCAUUCAGACGAUAUAUGGUCAGAAGCCGAUUGGCCACUGAAUGGAUGGGCUGGUUCUGAAUCAACCCCCGCUCCUACAUGUGUUUCUCCGGGUGUUGGUCUUGGAAGCAAGAAAGGUGCACACCUUGGACUGGGUGGAGCAACUGUUGGUGUGGGCUCUUUGACAAGGCCGGGAAGAGAUUUGACAGGUGGUGGAGCAUUUGGGAUUCCAGGUUAUGCUGGUAUUGGUGCGUCUGGUUUAGGUUGGGAAACUCAGGAGGACUUUGAGGAGCUUGUUGAUCCACCAGCUACUGUGGAGAAUGCAAAUACGAGGGCUUUUUCCAGUCACCCGUCUAGACCUUUCUUCUUAGUUGGUUCUAGCAAUACACACAUUUACUUAUGGGAGUUUGGUAAGGACAAAACUACUGCAACUUAUGGAGUGCUGCCUGCUGCAAAUGUCCCUCCACCUUAUGCUCUUGCAUCUAUAUCAGCUUUGCAGUUUGACCACUGUGGACAUAGAUUUGCUACUGCUGCCUUGGAUGGAACUGUAUGCACAUGGCAGCUGGAGGUGGGAGGAAGGAGUAACAUUGGUCCUACAGAGUCAUCUCUAUGCUUUAACAGCCAUGCAUCCGAUGUUGCUUAUGUUACUUCAAGUGGAUCAAUCAUUGCUGUUGCUGGAUUUAGCUCCAAUAAUGUUAAUGUGGUUAUAUGGGAUACAUUGGCUCCACCUACCACCUCACGGGCUUCUAUCCUUUGUCAUGAAGGUGGUGCACGCUCUCUUUCUGUGUUUGAUAAUGACAUAGGAAGUGGCUCUAUCUCCCCCCUUAUUGUGACUGGUGGAAAAGGUGGUGAUGUUGGACUUCAUGAUUUCCGGUACAUUGCUACUGGAAGAAGUAAAAGGCAUAGGCAUUCUGAUAAAGGUGAACAAGUCAUGAAGACAUCAUCGAAUAUUGAUAUGCAUCCUGGGAAUGGUACCAAGCUUGGGGAACAAAAUCAAAAUGGAAUGCUUUGGUAUAUACCAAAGGCUCACUCAGGGAGUGUCACCAAGAUAUCUAUAAUCCCAAAUACCAGUUUGUUCUUAACGGGAAGCAAAGAUGGAGAUGUUAAGCUUUGGGACGCCAAGAGAGCUAAGUUAGUAUAUCACUGGCCGAAUUUGCAUGAAAGGCACACAUUUUUGCAACCAAGCACUCGAGGCUUUGGUGGAGUAGUCCAGGCUGCUGUCACAGAUAUAAAAGUUGUCUCACAUGGUUUUCUCUCCUGUGGUGGAGAUGGAACUGUAAAGCUUGUUCAACUGAAAGACCACCAACAUCAGACAUGAUGAAAUUGAUUAUAAGUUACAUAUGAAGUCUUGGAAAAUCAUUCUUGCAUAGUUCGACUGCGGAAAGCACUGAAUAUUGCUAAACUGCCCAACUGUUCAAGGUUGGUGAGAAUGAGAGAUACUCCCACAUUGCUUGAUUGUUGCUUGACACUAACAUAUACUAUAGUCAACUCUGCAGACAUUUUGGAUACCUACCACUGGUAAUCAAAGCGACUUCUGAGGCUCAACGCUUCCAAACUUUGUACCUAUUUUGAUUAGUGACAACGGAGUGUAAACAAUACACUGCCUCUGCUUGAAGGUAGACAGGACCAUACAACAGAAAAGAAAUCUGAUAGGAAGCGUUUGGUAUGUUUACUAUAACUCUUAUCGAGCAACAUUGUUUGGAAGGCUGGCAUGAUCGAGCCUUUUCGAUGAAGACCGUUUGGUGUGUUUUCAAUCUCGUUCUUCUGCUCUCCUGGAUCUUGUGUGAAGCUAAAGCACAGGGAAGAGUUUCAAGUUUCCUGUACAAUUUUUUUUUUUUUUUUUUUUAUACUUAAAUUUGCAUGUGUAUAUAAUUCUGGAAGAGCCAAGUUUACCCCUUUGUACUUGUAGCAUCCUGGAUUCUUUGAAAUUGUGUCAAAGUUAUUGUAUAUUAGGGUUGAUGUAGGGAAUUUUUAAAAACAUAAUGAGAUUUGGAUUUCCUCUCUCA